UUCGGCAGCAAACUGGCCAAGAUGAUCGUUUCCUUCGAGAAAGUAAAGCUGACAAAUAACCCGCUGGACAACCACAACCACACGGUAGUAUUGCAAUCCAUGCACAAGUAUCAACCUAGACUACACAUCGCGCUUCACGAUAACGACGAAGCUGCUCCUGCUAGUGCCACGGACCUGUCUGCAUUUGUGCACAGAACCUUCAUAUUCCCCGAGAUUUCAUUCACGGCUGUUACCGCCUACCAAAACCAUAUGAUAACAAAGCUGAAAAUUGAUAACAAUCCAUUUGCGAAGGGCUUCAGGGAAUCCGCCAGACUGUAUCAUAACGUUGAUAGACCUGCACUGUUCUUGCCGCUGAGGCCGCUGCCGCUGCACCGCCGCUCUGGUUGUGGUGACUACAGCCAUGCGUGGGCAGCAGUCUCUAACCUGGUGCCGGAUCUUCAGUGGCGACACAAUUACGCGUUUCCUGUGGUCUACCCUCCUGUCGUCGAAACGGACGGCGAAGCAGACGAGUACUGAUCACCGGAGUCGGUAUCCAUGACGACGAAAUAUACGGCGCGAAGUGGAAGAACCGAUUCGCGGGGUUUGCGACUCGUCAUGAACCAAUAAUACUGUAGUUUACGUGCUAUAUAUUAUGACUAUUUAUCGAAGUACCUAGUAAAUUAUUCACGUUUGUUGGCGCCGUCCAGGUGAUGAGGUUGGCACCGAUUGUUACCGGAAUAGUGCAGACUUUUUUAUGUCGAUUUUUUUAACGUAGAUUUUUUUAUCUCACACAUUACUUCGUGUCAGCCAACUUGCGUGCGGCAAUCAUCGAAUAUGUCGAGACUCUUUCUAACAAGGCUCCGGCGAAGGUGAGCGGCUUUAAACAAUAGCAAUAUGUAGAGGGAAACGUUUAUUUUUCGUACGCGGGAUUGGACCAUGCAUUUUAAUUAUCUGGAAACCGCGGGAUCAACAAAAAUUUUUGAUUCGGGAAUAGAAUUCAACCGGGACAAGGGAAAGCAGAAAUUGGCGGGAACUGGUAACUGGGAUAUUUUUCUACCUUGAAAACACGGUACGGACCCGCGUUCCCUCUCUAUUUUCAGUUGAAAUUCAGUAUAUCGCAAAAAGGAUUCUAUUUAGUCAACAAUAUAGCGGAUGUUUGCUUAGUGUGGGGUGUGUAAAAAUAUGAUAUUUCGCUAAUAUAUUACUCGUACUAUAAUAUCGGGUAGGUGUGUUUG